AUGGCUCGCCCUGUUGAAGCUGUGAAGGACAUCAAUGAUUCAAAGGACUUAUGGAAGAUAGCCGUCAGGUGUAAAUAUCUGUGGACUAUCACCAGUGCUUCAAACAAAGAACACUUGGAGAUGAUUUUGGUUGAUUCAAAGCUCGAUAUGAUUCAAGUUAUCGUACCUCCUUAUUUGGUUCCAAAAUUUACGAUGCAACUUGCAGUUGGAUGUUCUUACAUCAUGCAAAAUGUUAAGGUCUCCAACAAUGAUUUCACUUUUAGGUCUACUAAGCAUAGUUUCAAAUUGAUUUUCUGUGGAUCUACUUCAGUGGAAAAAACCGACCUUUCUGACAUUCCGUUGAACUAUUUUAACAUACUUGGAUUGGAUGCAAUAGUUGAUGGAAAAUUUGAGUCAAAUCUUUUGGUUGAUAUUAUGGGAGGAGUUACUGAGAUAACUCAAUCACAGAUAAUUGCUGAUAACAACAAGAGCAAAGUUGUCUUUACAUUGACUGACUUGAGGGAAAACUUGUUGUGCAAUUUUAUCAAUAUUAUAUGA